UCAUGCAUGGCGUGGCGAUUUCCGGAGUGGCGAUUGUUCAAGGAGUAGAGAGAGAGAAUAAGAAAUGCUUUGAACGAAUAGUCAAGAAAAUAAGAAGAUGAGAGCGGUAUUACGGAUGGCUACAUGACUAAUGGUUGGGUAUAGUGUGGCCCCGACGGGCGACCUUCGUGUUAAGAAAUGAAGUUCACAUGCAAAGUUAGCGUCGUGUCUGUGGACAUCUCUCGCACAAGCCAUGCUUCGCCCAAACCAUGCCACUCAACUGUUGGCCUGGGACACCACGGUCCAGAAAAGAAAUCUUCCAGUGGUGAAGUGUCCAGUCAACCGCUAUACUUGAAGAUUUGUUCCGGAAAGAAUAAGCAAGGCACGCGAUACAAGGCAACUUCCAACGUACGUGCAAUGUUCCAUCGUUUUGCCAUGUCUCAAGGCCGUGCUACGGUCUCACUGCAUCAUCCCAAGGUGGAUAUUCACUUUAGUGAGGCACAACCAGGAGAACUGUGUCAGUUUCUCACCAUACUCCGGCUACCGCCGGAGAAACAGAAACGUAUCGAGAAUCUUGCAUCGCUCUCCGACCUCACUGUGGCUAAGAAAGCAGUGCGGAAGUUUGUGGCAGACAGUUUUGCCGAGUACCGUACCGCCUUGCCCAAGCUUCCUGAGACCCUGGAGCAACUCCGCGCAGUGUCAAUCGGGCUCGUUGAGAUUGAUAUUCGUAUCAUGCGCUUGGCUUUGCUGCGCUACCUGGACCUAUCCAAGAAUUCCCUUACUGCCCUGCCUGUGGACAUGUCUUGGCCAGGAAGCCUGACACAGCUGGACCUGAGCCAUAACAAGUUGACGUCAGUCCCACCUGAGUUUUGUUGCUCUACCCUGGCUACAUCUUUGAUUAAUCUGAACCUGUCAAACAAUGCGAUUGAAAGCUUGCCUGAUAUGCUGUGCACGUUCAAGGCUCUGCUGGUGCUGGAUGUGAGCCAUUGCAAGAUAACACGACUGCCUCACAUCCUUGGUGACCUGAAGCAACUGAGACGUCUUGAUAUCAGCCAUAAUCAACUAAAGUAUCUUCCCAAGUCGUUGACAAUGCUGCGCAUGGAGGAGCUCUCCAUGGCGGGAGUUCUCUUCGAUCCAGUCAUGCUCAGCCGUCGAAACUGGCCUCCACCAAACACCUGGACUGUUCCAUCUCUGAUGGACCUGGCAGCCACAGCAGUGGUUUGCAACAGGAUUGCUGUUGUGCACAAUCAACUCCCAUGGCUCAUCCACUCCUACCUCAAGUCAGCACUGAGUUGCGAGUGUGGUCGGCCGAUAUUUCUGAACGGGCUCUCUUGUCUGACUGUGCAUACAUUCAAGGGAGUUGCUGCCAGCGUGCAGCGCAACCAAGAUCAAUACGGAGAGCCGAUUGAGACUGGAGCCUGCAGCCAGCGGUGCUUUGAACGCUUUAGGCACAAACUCUAUCCUCUGCCGGCAUUGUGAUAGCAUAUCUUUGACGUACUCACCUAUGUCCUUUAAUAACAUCAGCAAGUUUUGUACAAACCAGCUCCCUGUCCCUCGACUUUUACAUCAGCCUUUUUUGAGCGAAUGAUAUUGAUUUAUCGAAAUCUCCCAUGCCCAUUUGCACAUAUUACUUUUUAACAUUCAUACCACAGUACUAUUUUUAUUCUCCAGAGGCAGAGAUACUUCGGAUCAGGAUGGACGUAUCCAACGACAUUAAAUUAAUUUUCUUCUACCUGCUGUGUGCGGUGUCUCUCUAACUUGGUUCCCACCUCUUUGAUUGCAUAAUUCUGUUCGCAACUUCGUACAUGUAUACCGGUAUGUAGCUUCUCGAAGUAGGCUAAGCAAACAUUGCGCUUGAAAAGAAUGCACGUAACUUUACUUGUGAUGAUCAUCCGAGCAACGGAUUGAUGAAGCAGA